AUGUUCAUCCAGACGCAGGCGACGCCGAACGCGCACGCCGUCAUGUUCAUGCCGGGGCGCGAGGUCAUGCCGGGCGGCCGCGGCACGGCCGACUACCCGUCGGUGCGCGCCGCGGCCCCGAGCCCGCUGGCCCGCAAGCUCUUCUCCAUCGACGGCGUGCGCUCGGUCUUCUUCGGCGCCGACUUCGUCACCGUCACCAAGGACGACCCCGUCGACUGGACCGUCCUUCGCCCGGAGAUCUUCGAGGUCAUCAUGGAGUUCUUCACCGCCGACGCCGAGAGCGUCAUCCUGCAGGACGGCGAGGCCCCCGUCCAUCCGGAUACCCUCAUCACGGAGGACGAUGAUGAGGUCGUCGCUAUGAUUAAGGAGCUGCUGGAGACCAGGGUCAAGCCCGCCGUUGCAGAGGAUGGCGGCAGUAUUUUGUAUCGCGGCUUUGACACGGAGACCGGCGUGGUUAACUUGGAGCUGCAGGGCGCGUGUAGUACCUGCUCGAGUAGUAGUAUUACCCUCAAGAGCGGCGUCGAGAAUAUGUUGAGGCACUACAUUCCGGAGGUCAAGGGCGUCGCGGAGGUCCUGCCGGAACAUGCGGAUGACAUCAAGCGUGCGAGCGAGAAGGCUUUCACCCAGGUCGAGAAGAAGCUCACCGAUGCCGGCAUCCUCAGACCAUGA